CUACAGCGUCGUACAGACUUCUUCCAGAAAUAGUGAUCACAAAACCUUGUGAAGAUGAGCUCGCAGACAAACUCGCUUCUUGCUUCUCGAAAGGCGUUAUCAAGAUAGCAAAUGAGAAUGGAGUAAAAAGUGCGUACGUUGCUGAUGCCAGACGGGAUACAUGUAGUAGAGAAGUGCUGAGACAUGACGAUCUGAGAGACCGAGUACGACUGUCCCGUAUUCGGGAUCACUUUAUUUUUUCAAUAGAGUCGACAGGAGCAUUGCGCCCCGAUAUUCUGAUGUGCGAAGCCAUCAAAUGUUUAAAGGAAAAAUGUCGUUUGUUCCUGGACGAGCUGGAUUCAAACAUAGACAGCUAG